UAGAUUUUGCUUGGCAGUCGACAGUCGGCCAUUUUAUGCAGAGACUGAUAAUGUAUCUGUUUUUGGCCUGCCAUUCAUAUUAAUAAUUAGUUAUUGUGUUUUGAAUGUGUUUUUUCUUAGUUUAAAUGAUUGAUUUGGAAUAGUAUUAUUAAUAAUUUAAUUUAAAAAAUAUUAUUCUAAUGGCGUGUUUAAAUACAUUAAAGUUAGAAAUCAAGACACUAGAAGCAAUAUUCCCAAAAGAUCAUGAAAGGUUUCAAAUCAUGUCAGCUAGUGUAGAUGAACUCAGUUGUAGAUUUAUAGGAAAAAGUGGUAAAAAAUAUGAAAUCCAUGCUAACAUUACAGAAACGUAUCCUUCGACACCUCCAGUAUGGUUCGCUGAAAGUGAAGAAACAAGUAUUACCAACGCAGUGCAGGUUUUAAGUAAUACAGAAGGGCGAGAUAAUCACGUUAUUCAACAAGUAGCGAUCUUGUUACGUGAAUUAUGUCGCUUGCAUUCAGUGCCUGAACCACCUGACAUAGACCGACUGACUCUGCCCACCUCAGGAACACAUUCUUCCAUUACAUCGUCACAUCCACACCAACAGCAAACGUAUACACACAGAUUAAGUUCCGAUGUAGAGCACAUGGAUACAGAUAGUGGGACUGGUGAUGUUGAUCCUGCUAGUGCUGACGAUGACGAAGAAGACGAAGAUGAAGACAGCGAUGGCGAUGGUGAGGAUGUUGAAGAAGACUUACAAUUAGAUAUGGAAGAAGUAGCUCCGCGUACCAAACAAGAUGAAAUGGGUGUUGAACAUUUAGCUACAUUGGAACGUUUACGACAAAAUCAACGAAGAGAUUAUUUAAAAGGUUCGGUAUCCGGCUCCGUUCAAGCAACAGAUCGACUGAUGAAAGAAUUACGUGAUAUAUAUCGUUCAGAUUCGUUUAAAAAUAACAUGUAUUCAAUUGAAUUAGUAAAUGAUUCGAUAUACGAAUGGAAUAUUAGAUUGAUGGCCGUCGAUCCAGACAGUCCACUCAGUCAUGAUCUAGCACUUUUAAAAGAGAAAGAAGGGAAAGAUUCAAUUCUGCUCAAUAUGUUGUUCAAAGAAACUUAUCCAUUUGAACCACCAUUUGUAAGAGUCGUCUAUCCUAUUAUCUCAGGUGGCUAUGUAUUAGUUGGUGGCGCUAUUUGCAUGGAACUAUUAACAAAACAAGGAUGGUCUAGUGCAUAUACAGUUGAAGCUGUUAUCAUGCAAAUAAGUGCUACGUUGGUUAAAGGUAAAGCCCGCAUUCAGUUUGGUACAGCAAAAGUAUGUUCUCAAGGUCAAUAUAGUCUUGCACGUGCACAGCAAUCCUUCAAAUCUCUUGUACAAAUACAUGAAAAGAAUGGUUGGUUCACACCUCCAAAAGAAGAUGGUUAAAUUUAAAACAAUUUUGUGUUUAAAAUAAAAAAACAAAGUUGAUAAUAAAAUAAAAUAAACGUAACAAAUCUAAAAAUAAAACAAUACAAAAUAGUUUGCACCAAUCAAAUGAAAAAAUAUGAAAUCAAUCAAAAAUAAUAUGAUUCCAAUGAAUUUAAUUAUUAUUGAUUUAAAAAAAUAUUAAAUCAAUUAUUGUUUUAUGCUUUAUGACAAGACAAGACACUCCAAAACGAUAUUAUAUUUGUUUUUAAUUUUCGAUAUGCGCAGCGUCCCCCCGUGUUUAAGUGAAUU